CCGCCGGCCCUAGCGACUCUCGGCACUCGCGCGCGGUUCGAUCCCGGCUGCUCCUCAGGUCUGGAGGCGUUGCAAACACGGAAAAUCUGCUGGGCCGCCCUCACAACAUCCCUGCAGGCGAAAAGGUUGUCAGUGUGUUUGGCGCUGCCUUAUGGCAGCCGCGGGCGCCCGCACCGAAGUGUCUCUCCAGCCUUGACAUAUUGGGAGUAUUUCAUGUUCCCCCGUUCUUUUACAAAAGAGAUUCUCAGGAAACAGGGUUUCCCUCCCACACUCGGGACGUGAUUUGUUAAUUUGUUUGUUUGCUUGUUUUUUAAUAUAACCUUAAAAAGAGAGUAGGAAAUGUUGGCACUUAAGAGCUGCACUUGCUAGGGGGUACAAAAAUGAUGCACCCAGCUAUCAAUCAAAAUCUGUAGUUAGUAUGUUUAUGUAUCUGUUUCUGAUUGCCAUGUCCCUUACGAUAUGAGUCUUGGCUCAUUCUCAUGCUUUACUUACUUGUUCUUAUGCUCAGUCAAUAAUAAAAUGAGGCUUUUCUUUUUUCAAACUUCAGUUGUGAAUGGCCAAGUCCUCAAUGAGGACUUAGAAUGAAAUAAAAUGCAAAAGCUCUUCUCUUUGCAGCUGUUAGACAACACUGUUUUAAGCUAUUAGUUUUCAACAAACUUGAAUUUUGGGGCCUUACCUGAUUUCUGCCAGUUCAGUAAUACAGCUUUCUUGAAGACAAUGUGUGUGCGAGCAGGAAGUUCAGCAAACUUUACCUUGUAUGACAAAGAUUCUCAGAAUCAGCAACAACAACAGAAAAGAUGUGUGUAGUGAUGCCUUAGGUUUUAACUUUUAUAUUUUUCAUAUUCUUUACUGCUUAAUGUGUAAUUCUGAAACUUCAUAUUAGGUGUUAGUAAUGUCUCUUCACAGAGGAGUUAGAUAAAACAAUCUUUUCUAGCUAGAGCUAGAGGAACAAGGACAAGUGUUACCCAAAAAGCAUAAACAAUGGUGAGGGAAAGGGGGAAGCCAGGGGCUCAGACUUGAUAGCCUGGGGCUGUGGUUGGACAAUUGACCCCAAUAUGUAGAUGAACCAAAACUUAUAAAAGUGUAAAAACUCGUGACCGGGAUCCGUCUUGGAUUCAAUUUGUGUAGCCCUGGCCAGGCUCUUGCACUGCCCAAGGUGUAUCCUUUCAAUAAAUACCUAUUUUGUUCCUUUUGCUCUGUCUGUCUCUGUUUCAGGUCACUCUUUCCAGGCCUCAGUUUGAUCCCAUGUAGAUUUUUGAAUUCUAGUGAAAAACAGCUAUAAAGAAAGUUGCAGACAACUGUGAAUGAGGUGAUCAGAGCAGUGGUAACAGAUUUCUUCUUGACUGUGUGAAUACUGAGUGGGAAGCACAAGGCUGGAGUCUGUCAUGGAGGAGAUCCCAGUUAAAGUUGCAGUCCGAGUCAGACCUCUGCUUUCCAAAGAAAUACUUCAUAACCACCAAGUGUGUGUCAGAUUAGUCCCAAAUGCUAAACAGGUUAUCAUUGGAAAGGACCACGUCUUCACUUUUGAUUUUGUAUUUGGCAAAAGCUCAACCCAAGAAGAAGUUUAUGCUGUUUGCAUUAAGCCUCUUCUAGUGUCUCUGACUGAAGGAUACAAUGCUACAGUGUUUGCAUACGGACAAACUGGUUCUGGGAAGACUUACACCAUCGGCGGUGACCGCAUUGCAUCACUUGCUGUGGAUGAAAGGGGCAUAAUCCCACGGGCUAUUCAGGAAUUAUUUCAUCAUAUUUCUGAACAUCGUAAUAUUAACUUCCAUGUGAAGGUAUCCUAUAUAGAGGUUUACAAGGAAGAACUUCGAGAUUUGUUGGAUUUGGAGACCUCUGUAAAAGAACUGCAUAUCCGAGAAGAUGAGAAGGGAAAUACAGUGAUUGUCGGUGCUAAGGAAUUCCAAGUAGAAUGUGCAGAUGAAGUGAUAAGCCUGCUGGAAAGUGGCAAUGCAGCUCGUCACACAGGAACAACACAGAUGAAUGAGCACUCUAGUCGAUCUCAUGCCAUUUUUACCAUCAGUAUUCGUCAGAAGCAGUCUGCAGAGUAUCAGAAAAAUACUGAUGCUGCACAGGAGUCAAUCGCUUCAAAGUUUCAUUUUGUGGAUUUGGCAGGAUCAGAGAGGGUAGCAAAGACUGGAAAUACUGGUGAACGCUUCAAAGAAUCUAUUCAGAUCAAUAGUGGUCUCUUGGCCUUGGGAAAUGUUAUCAGUGCCCUUGGAGACCCUAGAAGGAAAAGUGUACAUAUUCCAUACAGGGAUGCUAAAAUCACUCGUAUUCUGAAGGACUCUCUUGGAGGAAAUGCCAAGACUGUUAUGAUAACAUGUAUAAGUCCGUCCUCACUGGACUUUGAUGAAUCUUUAAAUUCCCUCAAAUAUGCCAACAGAGCCAAAAAUAUUAGAAAUAAACCAGUAGUAAAUUACAACCCAGAAAAAGACCGAAUUGAUGAAAUGGAACUUGAAAUCAGAUUGCUUCGGGAAGCUUUGCAGAGCCAACAGGUCAGUAAUCAGCAGUUACAUGAUUUAAAUGAAGAAAAAGCCCGUAUCACUUCACUUGAGGAGCAGCUCACCCGCCUUCAGGUUCAAUAUUUCAGUUACAGAAAUUGUGUAGAUGAAGCCUUCCCCUUUCUGGUUGAUUUGAAUGAUGAUGUUAGCUUAAGAAGAAGUCAGCGGGACAGGUUGCAGAGCUGGAUCACUAUGGUAGAGAAAGUAAGGAAGGAAACUCUCACCAUCCAGGAAACUGAUGCAGGGACUGAGACCAGCCCAAUACCGCAUCACAUCACAGUUCUUCAGCUGAAGAGGGAGCUAAAGAAAUGCCAGCAGAUACUAGUUAUGGAUGAAGAACUAUUUAGCCAGAAGAAUCAUGAAGUGCAGAUACUGCAGAACCAGAUAAAGACAUUACUACAUGAAAAGAGAGAACUACAGGAAUUUUUAAAGGAGGCUCAAGAAACACAAAGAUUACAGACUGAGAAAAUGGUGCAACAGCAAAUGCUCAAUGAUCAGCUAAAAUUGAAAUUACAGAAGUUUACAGAUGUGAAAGCUUUUGAUAUCCCAAGUGCUUAUGAAGAUGGGCCAGCUGUCAUGGCAUUUGCUAGGAGGCCCUGCAGUGUCCCAGUCACAAAAAGUGUGCUACGCUCCCUUCACCUUCCUUCGGGGACCAAGAUCCAAAAGGGGUAUACCAGCCCCCCUGUCUUGUCCCUGGCGCAGAUAAUGGCAGAAUUCCAUGUUCGCAGACAGAUUAUACUGAGCAAGUUAGAAGAUCAAGAUAAAGUCCUUCACCACCACCUCUGUGAUCAGAGUGAUGAAGAGGAAGACAAUACAGGCAACGAAGAGAAAACCUCAUAUAAGCGUUCCAUGAACCAAACAUGGACACAAAAUGACACUUCUCUGUGCUUCCUUCCUGAUGCAAGAGACAUGAAAUGUCAAGCAGACAAGUCUGGUUUGUCCAAUAAACCUGCGCUACAAACUGAUACAACCACAGGUGAAGAAAUUGACAGCCUCCAGAAAAUCCAUGUUUUUAACAUGCAGAAGUUAAAGAAUUCAGAGUUGAGACUUGCUGAGGCUGAGCAAAAAAUAAGAGAGCUUGCACUUACUAUCAAAAGGAAAGAGGACCUCAUUAAGGAGUUAGUAAGAACAGGUAAGGAUGCUCAGUCUGUAAGCAGGCAGUAUUCUUUGAAGAUAAGUAAACUGGAGCAAGAAAUCGAGCAGGCCAAAACAGAACUGGCUGAAACGCAAAAACAGCUUCAGGAGCUGGACAGUAAAGAGCUGGGAGACAUUCCUGAGAAAGUCAUGUUACAGAAAGAGUGCCAGAAGAAGAUGGAGGCAGCUAAGUUGAAAGUGCAGACCUUACAGAAGAAGCAGCAAGACACCAAGAAUUUGGCUUCAUUAUCUAAACAAAGUGAGAGAGAAGCAAGAGAACUUGAGCAGAAAGUGGCUCAGAUGAAGCAUCAGCAAUCCCAGAUACAGAAGAAACUGUGUGAGGAGAGUGAAAAGAAGAAGCAACUGGAAGCAGAGCUUCAGCAGGACCAGCAACAAAUUAAAGAACUUCAACUUAAGAUGGAGCAACAACAGAAGAUCCUUAAACUUAAGGAUAAAGAAAUUGCUGCUUUUAAAAAGAAGAAAAAUAACACAGUGGGAACUCCACAGAAGCUACAGAAAUUAGAACAGCAGAAGAAGUGGCUGGAUGAAGAAAUGGAAAGAAUUCUUCAACAGCACCAACAGUUAGCAGAACUAGAAGAAGACUUAAAGAAAAGAGAAGCCAUUGUAGCAAAAAAAGAAGCAUUAUUGCAAGAGAAAAGCCACCUAGAAAUCAAGAAACUGAGAUCUAGCCAGGCUUUAAACAAAGAUAGUAUGAAAUUGUCUACCCGCUUAAGUAUGCUGGAUCAGGAGUUGUGUGAUAAAAGUAUGCAGCUUCAGGGCAGCACCACUGAAGACAAGUCAGACAUUUUGGAAAAAAUUCAGGCUCUCCAAAUGGAAAGGGAUCAGCUGCUCAGAAGGAGAGAUAGUAUGGAUGAGAAAAUGAAAGAUGGUAAAGUGUUGUCAACUGAAGAAGAACAUAUUCUUUUCCAGCUGGAAGAAGGAAUUGAAGCCCUUGUAGCUGCAAUUGAUUACAAGAAUGAAAGUAUUCAUAAUCGCCAGCACUUGCUUAGGUCAUCUUCUCAGAGUCUUUCACAGAGCAAGCAUAAUGUAAUAGGGAAACUAGUUUCCCUGACUGCUGCUGAGCUCAGAGCUAUCAUCAUAAGUUAUUUCAACAAGAUUGUUGGCCUACGUGAGUCUGAACGAAAAUUAAAAGUGCAGAUUGAAGAACAGGAAAUGAAGUCCAUACACCAGAAAAACAUGAUGCGUGAAUUGGAAUCUGCACUUGAACAGAUCAAGUUGCAGUGUGACAGACAGCUGACUCACCAGCGCCAAGAACAUGAGAAAAAAAUACAGUUUAUAUUGAAUAAUUUCAAAGAACAAAACAGUGAAGGUGUAGCAGAAACCCUGAAAGGGUAUGAAGUAAAAAUCCAGCAACUGGAAAAAGAUUUAUUUUUCUAUAAGAAAACCAGCAGAGAGCUGAAAAAGAAAUUGAAGGGCCUUCUUGGAGAGUCACCUGAAUAAUUAUUGUCAUCCACUAAAUAAUCCAGAUGUCCAACAGAGCUAUUCCCGUGGAGGAGAAAAGAAGGUUCAGUUUCAUCACUGUUUCUGUUGUCUCAUACAUCUCAGUGCCACCACAAUACCUCACAUGCACAGUAUAGCCUUCUUGGGUCUGUUGGUGUUUCUUUUUAAGGCUCAGCAAGACUGGUUCUUCCUCUCAAUGGAUGCUUCUGCUUCUUUCCACUCAGUGCCAUGCCUUCCUACAGAGACAUGCUGAUCACAUACCUCUACUCCCAGAGUAAAUUAGGGCUCAGCCCCUUCCCUUUAGGCAAGAUAAUGAGCCUACACAUUCAUUACUAUAAAGUACACUAUCAACCUGUGAACAUGAAUAUUCUAGAGACUGGAUUAUAAAUGAGUGUAGGAAAGAUUAUUCUGUGUCUAAUAUACAAAGAAGCAUGUAGUUUAGGAUGCGUAUCUAUGUGGGGAAACACCUAUCCUUGGCAAAUUGUAGCAGUGGGAAGAAGGGAGAAGACCCCCUGUGAGUUUCCAACCUUUUCUAAUGCAUGUAUUUGCAAGUUUUAUAAGAAAUAUUCUGCAUUUAGUUAUUUUUCUUUUUAAUACAUUAUGAAAUGUGUUGCUAUACAAUGCAAUAAAACCAUAACUUGUUACUGAGGUUUAGAAAUAAUAAAAUUCCUGUUUAUAUAUUGCAAAUUUGUAGAAUGUCUUUUGUGUUGUACUAGUGUAGUUGCUGACUGUUUUUCAAUAUAUGAAUUAUUUCAUAUUUGUCACAGUUCAGUUGUUUUUAGACUGCUUACUAGGAUACAUGACAAGUUAGAAUGGUGAGCCUUGUAUGAACAGCACCUUCUCAGAUGAGAGUAAUGACGAGUACCUCCAAUGUUUUUGUAGAUGGUGAAGUUUUUGAAUGGAAAGGGCAAAAUGUGUUUCUACAUGUUCAUGCUGCAAGUUGCUGAUGCUGUAAAACCAUGUUGCCUACCUAUGUCAGGCACUCUGAGAAGUUGUAACUUUUAGUUAUUUAUCUGCUGAUAAAUUUCAUUUUAGAUAAGUGUUGGUGUUGUUAUCCAGUCAAGAGGAAGCAGAAGUUGCUUCUGAAGAAUUCAAGUGAAAACAGCUGUUAAUAAAGUCCAUGCCUUUACUAACUACAAGUAAAAUUACUUUUUGAAGUAUCAGAGAACUCUCAAUUUGUCAGUAUGCUCAGUGUACUUUAAGCAAUAAAUAAAAAUUGUAAUAAAAUAAUUUAAAGUAAUUCUAUACUGCAUUACUAGAUUUUGUUACAAUGCCAAUUUUUCGUGGAGGUUUUUUGGGUUUUGCUUUAGACACUAUCUAGACAAUGGUAUCACAGACUGAAAACAGGGAGAGAAGGCAAUUUUCCUUAGCCACUGUCAUGAAUAGCAGUACUGUGUGAUUAUUAACAAACAAAUAUUUUCUUUCUAGUGGUAACUCAGAUUUCCAAUUUCAGUUUUAUGUAAUAGGAGAAAAUACAACAAAGGACAGGCCUCCAUUCUUGUUAAACUGCAGCUUUAAAGGAGCUUCUCGUAAAACUGAGAAAAUACUGAUUUUCUGUAACUACUUCAGUAUUGGACUGAAUGUACAGAAAUAUUCCCAACAAUAUGUAGCUCUUAAAUGCAAGAAAAUCCAAAUAGAAUUUAAGAAAAUAAAUAAGUUGGAAAUAGCUUUCGGAUAAUGAUAAGAUUUGGAUUCAUGGAAGUGCUCAACGUCAGGUUGAACAGGGCUUUGAGCACCUUUACCUAGUGAAAGAUGUCCCUGCCCCUGGCAAUGAGACUGCCAAGACAGUACAUAACAGACUGAGAUGUUGAAAGGUCCCUUCUGACCCAAACCAUUCUGUUUCUGAUUGUAAAAUUUUAUAAUCUGUGUAUUGUUUAUAUCUAUAUGACUUUCAGCUGCAAAAUGCAUGUGGCAACAUGUGCAACUACCACAGAAAAAGCUCUUUGCUGCCAGGUAGGUGUUAAGGAAAGUGCGUGUGUCAUUCUCCGAAGCUAGCCUAGGACUAAGCAAUUCUUCUUGUACUACAAAGACAAAGCUCAAACAUUUCUUUUGCCCCAUGUUAAUUGUCACUGAAUGCAAUAAAGCUAUAAAAAUGCAGAAUUGUUUGUGCAGCACUGAAUGCAGUACUAAAUCCUGGGAUCUAUCUUAGUGAUAGUUGCUGAUGCUGAAUAUUACAGAAUGUUAAACUAUGAGUUAGGAGCUGGCUGAUUAAUAGCAGAUUAGCAAACAUCUAUCAGUUACCUGAGAAACAAGCAGAGAAUAUGGAAGCUGUAGGGAAAGAAACAGAGAAGAGACCAAAGAGUUGACAAAGCAAAGUACCUGUAAGUCAAAAGAAGACCUUUUUUCCCCCCCACACACUGUAGCACUAAUCCAUUUCCAAAGCAAAGUAUGUGCGAAGAGAGCACUUCAUUUGGGUGAGCAGCAGGAAAGUGGGACAGAAGUCUU